CAUGCAGAAGGUGCAUUAAAGGCAGGGCAGCAGCUGCAGCGAGGCAGCAGCACUGGGGCUGUGUGCAGUGUGUGCAUGCUGCAGGUGGGGCUCAGCCUGCCCCAUGCCCCUGAAGGGGCGGCCAGAGCCUUCCCUGCAGAGCUGGAUGGGGAUGGUGGAGAUGGCAGCAGCACUGAGCAAGUGCUGCUCAGCUCCUCUCCCAUCACCGUGGUGGUCACACCAGAGGAUGACUCAUGGCACAUUAGUGGCUCCUGUGCAGGCAAUGGGCAGUUUGUGGACUGGGACCAGAUGCCAGAGGUGGAGCAGCAGGCAGAUCCACCCGAGGACACGCUCAGCCGACCCCUCAAGGAGCUGAAGAAGCUGGCAAGGGAGGGCUGCUGGGCCACCAGCCGCACACUGAGAGCUGCAGCUUAUCAGCAGCUGUGCCAGCGUGUCGCCUGCCGCCUUGUCACCCCUGAUGCCCUGGUGUAUGGGGAUGUGGCCAUGCGGCUCUUUGGAAAGCACAGCUCCAGCUCCCACCCGCUGCCCGAUUUCCUUGGGGGGUGCCCCCUGCCCACGUACUGCCUUAACAUGGAUGGGGUCGUGGCGCUGAAGAAGAUCCUCAUCUGCAUCGGCAACUUGUUCCCCGACAUCACCUACAGCCCCGCGCUGCCUUCACUGGUGGCUCUGCUGCUGCACUACAGUGAGGACGAGGCUCAGUGCUUCGAGAACAUCUCCCGCCUCAUUGCCAGCAAUGCCCCUCACACCAGCUACAUUGACCAGUCCUUCCUGGCCCACCAGGCUUCCUGCAUGACGUUUGGGGACCUGGCCAACAAGCACUGCCAGGCAGCGCACAAGCUGAUAGCCAGCGUGUCCGAGAACGUCUUUGAGGUGUACUCUGAGUGGCUGUCCUGGCUCUUCCGUGACCUCCCCUUCAGCUACGCCAUCCGUGUGUUUGAUGUCUUCCUGCUGGAGGGGCAGAAGGUGCUGUACCGCAUCGCGCUGGCCCUGCUGAAGCAGUACAGGCUGUCAGUGAGCUCUGCAGAGCAGGAGGGGACCGACACCAAGGCAGAACUGCAGGCCUUUGUGCAGAACAUUGCCCAGCACAUCACUGUUGACAAGCUCUUGGAGAGAGCGUUUGGCAUCCGGCUGUUCUCCCGCAAGGAAAUCUGGUUGCUGCAGAUGGCCAACAGGAAAGCACUGAUGGAGAGGGGCAUCACCAUGGUGCAGGGCAGGCAGUCCUUCCACCUGGCUGUGGACAUGCAGAGCUUCAGCUCCAGCAUUGUAUCAGCUCAGGAGAUGCGCAUCAUCUGGUCCUGGAUCCCCGAGCGCUUCUCCCUCUUCCCCCCACUGCUGCUCUUCACCACCUCAGAAGAUGGGUACAGCCUGCAGAGGUUUUACUCGUGCUGUGAAGGUUAUGAACCGACGGUGCUGCUCCUAAAAACAACAGAGGGGGAGGUGUGUGGGGCUUUCCUCUCCUCUGAUUGGAGUGAAAGGAAGAAGAACGGGCUGACAUCGGGCUUUUUUGGGACAGGGGAAUGCUUCGUGUUCACUGUGCGCCCCGAGAUGGAGAGGUACGAGUGGGUGUUCAUCAAGAAGCCAGAGCUGGCCAAAGCCAUGCCACGCUCACGCCAGCGGUCACCAUCACCCAUUCCCACACCCCUGCUCAGCUCCUCCCCGCACAGCCGCAGUGCCAGCCCCAACCUCCUCACUGUGCCUGCACCGCAGAGGAAGGGCCGCCUGUCCCCAUUCCUGGCCAUCAGGCAUUUCCUCCUGCCAUCCAAAACAGCCUCCAUGUUCAUGUCUGGCUCUCGGGAUGGGAUCGUUAUUGGUGGAGGUGGAGGCCAAGCACUGUCCCUGGAUGCCAACCUGCUCUGGGGUCGCACAGAACCCUGCGAGACCUUUGACAACCCUCCGCUCUGCCAGGAGAACUUCAAGGUGCAGCUCCUGGAGGUGUGGGGCUUUCAAAACACUUAGGGCCCAUGAGGUCGGCUCCUUCCUGUGCUGCUCACCAGGAUAGGAACAACACAGCACCAGUCAUAGCUCCAGCAUGACUGCUACCAUCCCUGCCAGCAGCUCUGUGUGUGUCUGUGCUCAGUGUCCUCCCUCUCCGUUGUCAUCAUCCAGGUUUGCACGAGGAGGGCUGUAAGUGUCCCAAACAAGGCUCCUCUCACAGCUCAGAUACGGCUCCACCUGCUCUGCUCCCAUUCAGGAUGCUGGAGGGGGCCUCAGUGGGAGUCUUAAGUCUAGACAACACCCAAGGUGCAAAGUUCGCCCUCAGAGCUUUGCACAUUUCGCUUCUCACCCCAGCCCAAGUGCCCCUUUGAGAUGUGGGUGGGCUCUGAGGUUGGCAGGACUCACCUGGGUCAGGCACCGACUGCCAUCCAACGUGCUGCAAAAGGCUUCUUGUUUGUUCUUGUUCCAGCCUGCAGCAAGGCACUGCCUGGCAUUUAUACCUCUGCAGCCCACACAGCCUUCUUAAUUUAGCAUUACACCAGAGACCCAUAAGCACAACAAGUAGCCUGUGUAAAACCGCGAGCUGUUAAUAGCCUUAAUUAGCACAACCCUGAUUACCUGGCUCCAGGUUCCUCAGUAUUUUCUGCUGCCUGACCCCUGCUGGAUAUUCCGUCCAGCUCCACAUCCCUCACAACUCCCUCUUUCCUCCCAUAAAGCUGCUUUCCCUUCUGCCUUGUGUGAUGCACAGCUCUCCAUCGGCCAUCCAGUCUAACCUGCCCCCAUCAGCAGAUGCUUUGGGCUCCAGCACAGAUACAAGGGCUGCUCUGGGGUGCCCUGGGGGCAGUGCAGGAGCCAGCAGGUCAAUUCAGUGCUGCUGCCUGCAGGUCGGAGCUGUAAAUCACAGUCAACGCUGAGACGCUGGUUGCACACGCUGCCUGUAUUGCCGCUUCUAAAGAGACGCUGCAGUCCUUUCCUCCCUGUGCUUUAUUCCGUUACUGCAUAAAGCUCUAAAUUCUCGGAGAAUAAAAAAAAUAGCAGAG